CUUUCCAGAGAGAGGGAGAGAGAGAUCACGUCGUAAAAUCUGGACAGCCUGGGACAUUGGAAGCAGCUGGAAGGUCUUUCCUGGAUUUCCACUGGUGCCGCGUCCCCUCCGUGACUUGAACAUUAACUUCAUACUUUAAAAAUUAAAAAGAGUGACAAGGGACAAGAAAAAAAAGACCGGGAGUAGCUCACACUAUCGUACGGAACGUAACUGGCAUCUGUUCUUCUGAAGAAUCUCUGUGCAGCUUGCGGAGUUAAGCGCCGAAAUAAUCAGAGAUAUCGGCAAUAUGAAAUUCUUACAGCCGCUCUACCUCCUGCUGCUUCUGGUCACAGUGUUGACGCUCGUUAGCGCACAGAAACCAGAUUUUUUGAAUUUGCGGCGAAAAUACCGGAGGCACCACUGCCCACACAAGCGCUGCCUCCCACUUCACUCCAGAGUACCUUUUCCCUGAGGCUACCUCCGUCACUGGCAAUAAAAGAAAUGCAGAGAUCGGGUCUACGGAUCCAGAAAGUGCUGGUCCACACAAGACAAACCUCACGCCAACCGGAGCUGAGAGGACCCACAAAGCAACACAUGCAGCAAUACACCAAAUAACUUCUUACAUACAGAGAUGAUGGAGGACGUCUGUGACUCUUGGUCCUUCUGUGCCACUCUGUGCACAUUUCCAAAUGCAAGAGAAGAGAGUGAACAAAAUAGAUAGCAUUAAAUCUGUGAACAUAGACCAGAACAAACUCCAGAGACACAAAGGAAAACGAAGGCAUAUAACUGACGAACACAGCCAACAAGA